AUGUACGCAGACGUUGGACUUCGAUUCCCCGAUUGGGAUUUAAAUAAGAGCAAAUAUGAAGAAACCGACUACCUCCCGCUUGUGGCUACACCAGGGCCAGUCAUGAUGAUUUUAGCUAUCUAUCUCCUAUUCGUACUUAAGAUUGGACCUUCACUUAUGUACAAAAGAGAACCUUACAAACUAACAAAAGUAUUGAUACUGUAUAAUGCGAUACAAGUGAUCGCCUCCGCUUAUUUGGUUCAAAGGUACUUUAAGCAAUUGUGGCGCCGGGGGCUGACACCAAAAACUUGUUAUAUAAGCAACGAUAAUCACCGGGAUGAGAUACUCUUUAGUAUAUGGCUGUACUUCGCUGCAAAAGUUUCUGAACUACUGGACACAGUUUUUUUCGUGAUGCGUAAAAAGAACAACCAGAUCACCUUCCUUCACUUGUACCAUCACUCCAUCAUGAUGAUUGGAACUUGGGCCUAUUUAAAAUACUGGCCUUCCGAAACGCUGUUCUUUAUUGGAUUCCUGAACUCAUUAGUCCAUGUCUUCAUGUACACCUACUACGGUUUAGCUGCUUUGGGACCGAAAGUCGCAAAAUACAUCUUCUGGAAGAAAUACAUGACCAAAUUUCAAUUGGUACAGUUCGUAUGUAUUGUCGCACAUUACAUCAUAGCUGUACGAAGGUCUGCAUGCCCACCAGCAAGUGGUGUAGCUACUUUUAUAGCUUGCAAUACUGUAUUCUUCUUAAUAUUAUUCUUACAUUUCUAUUGGCAAAGCUAUACUAAGCGAGGUAAAAUCCCUUCAAUCAGAGUAUGUCAUCAUAUCGAAAAAGAGGAUUAG